UGAUGCGCUCUCCUGGCUCCGCACGCGGCGUCAUCGGAGGGACAAUUGAUCGCGACUUAAUUGGGUAAGCUCGACCGUGCGACGCGACAGCGCUCUUGCACUUCAUCACGAAACACUUGAACGACAGACCGACAUCCCCCAAGACUCGAGGCUUUCUGGACCGUCCAUCGCAAUGCCUCCGGGCUCACAAAAAGGCACGAGCAAGAAGAGCGGCUCGGCGCUACCAAAGCCGAGUCGCACUUCGACACCACAGCCACCGACAGGCAGUCUACCCGAACAGAAGGCGUACGAUCCCGACUACCUAAACACUCGGGUCAUUCUACUGGAGAGCAACCUUGCCUACGAGGAUCUGGUCGACUCUGUGUCGUCCAAUGCUGCGGUACCGGACUCACGUAGCAUUGAUGCGCUCCUCGCCAAGCUCAAGGACCUAUCGUCGGUCAUUGAGAAGCGCACCAAUUUCUACGAUCGGGGCAUGCGCUUUCUGGCCGACGAGCGCAAGAAACGACCGGACGACUAUGUGCCAGAGGACGAGGGCAAACGGCCCAAGCACAAGAAGAAGAAGACCUCGGAAUCACUAGCGCCCCCAGAGAUUGGGAGCACUAGUAAAGAUGGCCGUCCUUCUUCCAACCGUGGCACCAAGAGGAAACAUUCACGAGAGCCGAGCUCCUCGCUGUCCCCAGUCGCAGGCCGAUCACCCUCGGCGAUGGAUGUGGACACGAAAGAGAAAAAAGACGAUGAGGAGGACAAAACCGACAAGAAGGAGGAAGAAGGAGAGUCAAGCUCAGAGGACGAAGGCGCGCCACCCCGGCGAGAGAUGCCUGCUCACCAGACCUUUGGCGAAGAUCCAUCGACGUUCCCCGACCCAACCAUAUAUGAGAUCCGCGAGAUCAAACCAGAAAUGACAGAAGAAGAGAAGAAGGAGAUUUACUCGGUCGCUGGGUAUCCCGCGAGCGAUCUGGCCGACUUAAUCGCAGGCGACCCUCCAGAUAACGACUACAGCGUCGCCAAGCCUACGUCACAGAUCAACUUUUCGACCUUUUCGUCAUACGUGGAGCCUUACUUCCGGCCGUUUUCUGAGGAGGAUCUAGGAUUCCUACGCGAGCGGGGAGAUCGAGUCACGCCCUUCCUGAUGCCAAGGCAAGGGAAGCGCCACUACACUGAGAUAUGGGCCGAGGAAGAUGGGGGCAUGUCGAUGGACUCGCCCGACCAGAUGGACCGACUGCCAGCAAACAUGCCCCGAGGCACCAUUGAAAACAUGAACGACACUGUUGCCGAGACGGACGGGCUGUCGAUAGGACCCGUCGCUGCGAGGUUACUGCAAGCUCUGCGGCCUGAGAACCGCGCACCUGCCGAGGAGAAGCCUGCGACAAAUGGCGCGACUAACGGGGACAUUGUGAUGAAUGGUGAUCCGAACGGCGAGGAACCCACAGAGAACGGCGCCAAUGGCCCGAAUGGCGAGAAAGCCAAGGACCCGAUUCCGCCAGCGACCUUUAUGGAUGAUUCGACCAGCGAAGCAUGGAAGAAGGCAACAUACCCCAAGCUAGACUACAACCAGGUAGACGAGCGGCUGAAGCAGGAGUUGCGGCACAUUGGAUUCCUGCCCCCGGACGGCGUGGAGCCAGAUUACGAUGGCGCGUUCGACGACGAGGUCGCUGGGCGCAUCCGCACGCUGCAAGAACGUCUGCGUGAGCAGAUGCUCAUCAACGGAGCGCGCAAGUCCAAGCUCACCGAGAUCAUCCGCGAACGCAUGGCGCACCAGGAGUACAACACGAUCCUGGAGGAUCUCGACACCCAGGUGCAAGCGGCAUACACCAAGCGCACGCGCACCAUGGGCAAGAGCAAGAAGGCGAAGCGCCCCGGCGGUGCGGGCGGGGGCAGUCACUUUGUGGGGAGCGGCGCGCAGGGCACGGCUCGCCCUGGUAUUGGUGACUUGACCAAGACGCUGAUGGAGCGUCGUAAGAAAUGGAUUCGGACGAUUGGGGGGAUCUUUGACGAUGAGACGCUGGCCAAGGUGCCGCGCAUGUCGGAUCCUGACAGCUCCAUAUUCAAGCCGACGGAGAUGGGCGAGUACCUCAAGAAGGAGAAGCAACAGUGGGACGAAGAAGUGGAGGAUGAGUAGCGUGGGCAGUUGCUGCUUAUGCCGUAACGAUGUAGUCUCGUUUUCAGGAUGGGCGUUUUGGGAGGGUAACCGUUGGAUGAGCGACUGACUGGCAUGGCACCGAAUGAUACCACUUGUACCGCCAGCGUAUUGCUGCUUCUGGUCCUUGUUCAAUGACUGAACGUUUGCUUAUUCCAUUCACAUUGACACAGCCUCCAGGGUCCAGUCUCUCUCCCCUUUUGGGCCAGUGACUUAAUAUAAUUGGGCAAUGGCUGCGAUCGCUUAUCCGCCAUGCGGGGCUUGAGCUUCCCGUCGUUAUCAGUAGCGUCGGACGACUCUGGACUCGCACCACCAUCGUCGUCGCUUCUCCAUGCUCAAAGUGCAUCGAGAUUCAUACUCACAUCACGUCAGUUUGAGAGAAGCGAUCUGAAGCCCGCUCGUUCAGCGCCAAGAUGCAUCUCAUUCCACGCGAGGCAAACUC